CGCCCUCAUUUCUUUAAAUACCCAACACCACCACCACAGCGAACCGUUGGGAAAACACGGGGAUGUGUUGACGUUAACCGGUAUUGUUGUUAACAACGUAACACCUUAGUGCUUGUUUAACUUGUAAGAUGGAGCUGGACCGGCGGCUGUUGCUGGCCCACUGUACGGCUCACGUCCUGUCGAUCGUAGCGGGCUUGCUGGUUGUCGUCCCCAUGGCUCUCAACGGCUCCGCGUUCAAAGGCCGCUGCGCACUCUUCUCCAUCGGCUACUGGAGGACAGAGGACCGGGAGGAGCUGACAGGACAGCCGGAAGACUUCUCUCACCUGGUGGUGCAGCAGUGGGGCCCACCGGCUGCCUGCCAGUUCGCCACAUUUGUCGGUAUUUUCACGGUGCUGUACGGUGCAGCGCAGGGUUGGAGGUGCCUCUUCUAUCUGCACGGGCGACAUGAUGACACCCUGUUUUCGUCCUUCCUCACGGUGCUGCUGAGCGUGUGUGUGCUCUUCCUGUCUGGGGGGGCCAGUGUCAUCUUGUCUCUGGGACUCGUCUCCUGGUGUGACACAGUGACUGAUCACAACACACGGCCAUACAGCUGUUCAGAGUCCCAGUCUGUUCCACUUUACCUGGAUGUGGACACCUCCUCUUUCUACAAUGAGCUCAGUCUGGCACAGGUGUCUCUUUGGGGAGUGACGGCUCUGUGGCUGGCUCAGUCCAUCCUGGCUUUCCUGCGGCUCUACCACUCUCACAGCCAGCACAUCAGCGGGCCAUGUGGUCCCCGAGAGAAGGAGCUGCUGUUAGGACACAGUCCAUCUGAGAACGGCUCCCCCAUGCCUCCACAUUCUCCAACCACACCCACCAUCAUUGUCUAACUGAGAGUGUGAGGUAGUGAUACAAGAUGAUACAAUUAACUCGGAUGUCUAAAUUGUGUUUUAAACCUCAUUUUUUCACACAUCCCUAUUUAUAAUUACCACAAUGUCUACAGUUCUUACUACUGCAUGUAGAAUAUGGGCAUGGAAGUUUUUAUUUUGACAUCAUUCAUAAUUUAUCUUCUUAAAAAAGAAGAGCCUGACCAAUAAAUGGUAUAAGCAUAUAUGUCAGUCAAUAAGAAAUGUCAGUGUAGAAAUGCCAAAGAUUUGUUUCAGGUCAUUUAGAAACAGUGUCUCCAUUAGACCUAUAUAGUUUGUCAUCCAGAGAGCACUGACUUGUUUAUUUUCAUUAUCCAGUAAGUGGUCAGGCUGUAUUAUAUAUUGAUAUGAUAUUUGAGCAGAGCCAAGAAGCACCACAAGUUAGCCAUAGUUUGUGCCUCUUGUAUUUAUUCAUUUUGACUCACUAACCUAAGCAUCUAUUUCUUUGACUGAUCAAUACCAGUUGAUCUUUAUUAUUAGUAUUAUUAUUUUUAAAUCCUUACAUUUUCAUUUUCCAGCAUGAUAAAACACAGUUCCACCGUCUGGAUAGUCAGAAAGUAUGCUGCGUUCACAUCAUGUCAUUUAAGAUAAUUUGUUUAUUUUAAGUGUCAAUGUAAUGGUGACACAUGAGAGUCACUAACAGGGAUUAACUUCAACUCUGUCUAGGUAACAAAGGGGAUCGUACAGAAUAAAAAAGACACUCAUCAGAAUAGUUGAAGCGGAUGUAUUCAGUAAUCUAAUAACUAUCUAAUAACCACAGUGUUAUCUUGACGCUAAUAACUGUCCUUGUCAUUAGACCGAGACUUUGUGAAUCAAUGCAUUACAGUUUAUUUACGUCACUGAUGCAAAAGCAACCAGUGGGUGUUGUCUGUUCUGAAUAUAUUUAAUAUGCAUGGUUGUUUACAUUUCUGCUAUAGUCUGACAUUUUGCACAGUUGUGUCCUCAUCAGGGAGAAUACAUUUUUACGACUGUUCUAAGUGUAAUAUUGAGAUGUAGCACUGAGGCGCUUUUAUUGUGAAGCAUGUGGUGAGAGUGUGACUGAGCCACUAAGUACAAGGCUCACUGUGUGAGCAUGACCCGAAUGUUCUGUUGUGUAACGGAAAAACCUCGGCUGACCUUCUCUCUUCUUGUGACGAUUUCUAUCAUGAUGCUGUCUGUGUGGACGCAGUCGCUCUCAGGGCAUCAAUGAAGCAGUCAAAUCGUCUCUAAUGAUACUUUUAGGGUGUGCCGAUUGUCAACCUUUAAGUACCUGUGAUAUUUUUCAUAUCGAGAGAGAUUUGUGCGGAGCCCAGAAGGGUCAGUGAAGAGGCAAGAAGCGACUAAUUUUGCUGAGUUCCUAAAACAAAUGAUUCAAAUUUGUUUCUAAACUUUUCUCCAGUUAUCAUCGACCUAAGUGGUCGUAAUGACACACAGACAGUGGAGCAAGAAAUCUGAAGUAAAGAGAGAUGAGACAGUAUUAGUAAUGUCUUGUAAUAAGGGUUGUUCUCAAUUAAAGAAAUUCUUAGUCAACUUACACUCACAAGAUUUUGUCAACUAAUAAAUUAGUUGAAUUAAUCUACAGAUCUGUAAAACUGAGUUUCUCUGUCAGAAUCUAGCACCACAUUAAAUGUUUACCAGAGAUGUGCUCAUAAGUUUCUUUAAAAAGUCUUUCACCAU